GGCGGACCUACGCGCCUGCCGCGUGUCCGUGGCGCUUUGGCCGUUGUAAGGGCUGAGUGGAAGUUUUGCGAGGCUACUUCGCCUUGAUAGUCCUUGACUUCUUGGGUCACCUCUUUGAACUGAUUGAAACUUUUCGGGUCCCACAGUGGUGUGGGUGCAGAAACAGUCUCCUGACCGUCAGGUAGUUGAGUAUGAGCCACUACCUAAGCCCGUCCCUACUCAGAUCUCUUAAGGCAGUGUCCAUCAUUUCCACUGAUGAUUGAAUUUAUUUGGAAUGCUCAGCUUGAGGUUGUGAAAGCUGCACCCACAACUCAAGGGGGGAAAUACUUUUUUCCAGUGAAGGUAUUCCUUUGUCAUUUUUCAUGUAUAGACUGAAUCCUGAUCAUAACUGUAUGAUGGUCGAUACCAUUGAGGAGUGGCCACCAACAAAAUGGAAAUGAAAGAGAUUGCUAAACACAAGACACUAUGGAAAAUGAACUCAACAGGUGAACCUUUAUUAGUUACUGGUAUAGAAGUCAAUCCUCUGAAAAAAUUCACUAUUCCCAAGAUCAGAAGGACAGCUGGGAAAGUUUACUUGUCAUCUUGUUACACCAAUACUAGAGAGUAUAGUUUCAUACAUGAUACUCUUACCCAGUGCCAGCUUGAUCUAGGCUGUGAUCUGCAAUCAUCAUGGCGGUUUGGGGAUACAAAACUGGUUCACAAUGAGGAGUUGGAAAAAAACUUUACUUCUAAGAGGUCAGAGAUGCGUGAGAGUGGAAGACAUGGCAGAGAACUUGAAGAACAUUUCUGCUUUUUAGCACUUCCUCAGAAUGAUGUGGCUGAAAUAUAUCAAAAUGGGAUAAGUACCAGAACAUCUACAUUGAAGAUAUUAGGAAAUCCUCUUCUUGGAAUUUAUGUAUUUAGACAUGUUGAUGUUGCUUUGAAUUACGCUCGUAGUAGAAGCAUUACUGUAGAAAGUAUUAUAAUUUUUAAGGUUCUCUUUGGGAAAGUGAAGAAAAUUCAGCCUUCGGUGGAUAAAAACAAAGUUUCUUUGGAUCCUUCUCCUAACUUUGAUUGCCAUAUGUCCAGAAGCAUACCUUCUCUGAAAGAUACCAUUGAGUUACAAGCCUACAAUUCAGCGGUAUACUUCUAUGAAUACAAUGUUCUUUCAAAGCCAGUAGAUAAACCUAGGCAGUGUCUUCCAUAUGCAAUAUUAACAGUAAAAUUUAUUGGUCAAAAAGUAGAUAAUGGACACCUUAUGACAUCUUUGAGAUUCCUCUCAACUGGAUUUCCUAAGAGGGCUGAAAGAACGUGCUCUCUGAAUAACUGUACAGUGGCCAAAAGAAUUGGAAAAGGAAAAGAUGCUACUGUGAUCUUUGAGCAUUUCAGGAAACCUGUAGAUCCAUUUGUUCAGGAAAACUGUUCUUGCAGUGCCGUAAAUUCAGAGAUAAAUCCUUCCAACGAAAAUAUUUCUAAUUCCUACGGAAACGUACAAAAUGGAAACAUUUCUAUACAUGAAACAUACAGUGGACAGAUGGAGCACAAUUUAGCAGAAUGUAGAGACACUUCUCAAGUACAUAUAUAUGAUUCAGGUCUUUCAUUUUUUCCCAGUGAUACCAGAGAAAGUGUUAAUGGGGACUUCAUGUUAAAUUUGACACAGCUUAAAAAUGUUUUAAGUGGUCUUUCUGCUGCUUUUCCCCUUCAUAACAAUAUUGGCUCAAGCACAGUUAUUACUUCAAAACUCAUUAAAGACCCAAGACUGAUGAAAAGAGAAGAAAGCAUAGGAAAACAUAAUAAUAUUACAGGUUUAAAUAAGAUUUUGCCACUUGAGAAGAGUUUAGAUUUUAAUUCAGAAGAACACCUAUCAUCCACGCAAAAUAAUUCUGCCUUCUCAUCUGAAGUUGUGCCUGGUGAUCGUUCUAUUCUUACUAAUUGUUUGGACGCCCCUUGCUUCAAAGUUUCUUUUGAUGAUUCACAGUCACAGGCUCAGAACUGGGGCUCUAAGAACUAUGAUUAUACAACUCCUGGUAAAAUUACCAUGGCAAGACAGUGUAAGGGCCAAGACAAUUUUUCCUUCCCAAUGUGUUUGCCAAAUGCAGUUUCAGAAGUUGAGAACCAAAAACACAAUGAGGAAAAAGUCCAGAGAUCCCAGCAGAGAGACAACAUCUCACUUUUAAUUGAAGAAGAAGGUGAACCACGUAACUCUCACGAAUCAGUGAAUACUUGUACAGAAGGGUACAGUAGUCACAUCUCUCAGGAAUCAUGGUCUUCUAAUUUAGAAACUGUAUAUCAGACUGGUCAACAAAUGUCUACAGUUUUUCCUCUCCAAAAGAAGGAAAGCAUACGUGGGUACCUUCAAAAUAUUGGAAAAAUGAGAGACUUCACUAGUCCAGAGGAUAAUUCUGAACAUGGAGAAAAGCAAAUUUUGUGGAAAGAAAAUUAUUUUACUAAUGAAGCAAAAAUCAGACCAGUAGAUAAUUACAUUUCUUUGCACCAAGAAUACAAAGAGAAUGAGAGUCUUUGUUCUUUCAGAAAAAAUUGUGAUCAAAUACCAAUUACUCAAGAAUUAGAAAUACCAAAAUCUUCUGCAUUUACCACAAAGGAUAAAUAUGACCUAGAUCAUCUAGCAUUGGAAUUAGAAAGUAAUCUUACUCCAAGAGUGGAGAGCCUUUCACAAAAACAUUCUCAACCCUCUUUGGAGUAUGAAGAUAACAUUCAUACAAGUUUUGCAAUUUCUCAAAAACUAAUGGAACUAAAAUUGGAAAAACCAAAUCAAAACAGUGUUAACAUUAUGACAAAUGCUCUUCAAGAAGCAAAAGACAUUCCUCAGGACAAAGAAUUGCCAAAUGAUAGAAUUACUUCAUCUCACGACAUUAAAACAACUCAUGACAAUUCAGAUUGUAGCAUAGCUGGUGAACAUACAUGUGUCCAUGAAAAUGAUCCAGUGCCACUGGAGAACAUGCAAAAAGACUGCAGAGAAACUUUUCAAAAUGCUAAUAAAGGUCAAGGUCAUACUCUGUGCUGUAAUGCAGAGUUGUACAGUGAUAUACACCUGAAUACUGAUUUUAAAGAACAAGGAGACAAUGAUAAAGAAAAUGAAAAUGAGGCUAAAGAGGAAGACACUGCUUUGUCUACAGAAAACAACAGACUAGAUAUAUAUGAAGAUGAGAAGCAGGGUUUUCGUACAGACAAAAAUUAUGCCAUUAUAGAUGAAAGAAGGGAGAAUGAAAAUUACAAUAAUGUAGAAAUUCUGAGUUCUGAAGAAUUUUGUACAUUUAAUUUGACUUGGGGGAAAAGACAUGUAUCAACAGAAACUACAUUUUUAGAAAGUGAAGAUACUAUCACUGCCAUAAAACAGAAAGAUUCUCAAAAUACAAGCAGAAGUGUAGAGCAUUUGGCUUCCACAGCACUUCCCAAAAUUGCAGCAUCUUCAGUGCAUGUAGCCUCAAAUGCUGCAGUACAGAUAACUGAUGGUAUGGUACCUACAUUAGGCACAAAUCAUGAAGAUCACCAAAGAUACCAGAUUCAAGAAACUUGUUCAUCUGAGAGUCUAGAUGUUGGUCUGUUGGUAAAACAUAAGGUUUCUGAUUGUGAAAUGGAUGUGGAUAACAAUAAAUUUCAUGACUCAUUUAAUCAGUCAGUAAGUGAGAGUCCCAUUCUUCAGAGUUGUGAAUUGGAAAAUAAGAUUGAAUUGGGAUCAGAACUGUGUGAUGAUGUUUUUCUAAUUCAACAAGAUACUUCUAGCCAUAGAAAUGCUCUAUAUGAAGAAUUUGGGGCCUCAUAUGAGGCUUUAAAGUCUCGUAUUGAUUGGGAAGGUCUGUUGGGAAGCAAUAAUGGGGAGAGGGAAGUUUUGAAAAGCUCCAGAGGAAGGGAGAAUAAUGAUCAACAUUACUCUGAGGAAAGUAAUUCUUCCUAUUCCUCUACACAAAAGGACAAAGAACUCUUCAAUCCAAUUUUACUUCCAGAUUUACAAGUGAAAAUCACUAAUAUAUUUAUGCCAGGAUUCACUCCCACUUUUGAAUCCCCUGCAUUAGAAGAUAAUUUUUGCAAAAACAUAACUAAAACCAAAGAACCAGAAAUGGAUGAGGAGGAGAAAUUGCCAGGAUUUGAAAUCUAUUCCCAGUGUUCUGGUGAAUAUUCACAUCACCCAUGUGAAAAUGAAUCUGGUAAUACAAGCCAAGAAUCAGGACUAGUGAGUAAAUCUGAAAUCUCACUUCCUCUUGAUGCAAAUCAUAAUACACAAGGAAAUCAUGCUUCUGAAAAACAAAACAGUGGACCUUUGCUUACAGAGCCCUCUAAUGUCACAGCAUUAAGUAAUGAAACAAGUUGUUCCUUGACAGAUUCAAAAACUGAUUGUAAUGAUACUAGAAGUAAAAAGGACACAGGAUCAAGAAUUAGUAAAAGAAAGCCAAAUACACCUUUCAGGAAUGAGAACACAGCACAUAAGGAUUUAAGACAUCAUGAAAUUUACGGAAAGAAGAGGAAGCUAACCGAUCAAGACUCAUCUGAAUGUUUUUCUUCAUUAUCCCAAGGGCGAAUUAAAACAUUUUCAAAGUCAGAAAAACACAUUAGGAGUGUCCUAGAUAUUCUAAAUAGUGAAGCAUCUUUAUGCAAAAGCAAACGUCUUUCCAGAAAACUUGACAGAGCUGUUCUUCACUUAAAAAAAGCUCAUAGGAGAGUUCACACAUCUUUGCAACUUAUAGCUAAAGUAGGAGAAAAAAGAAAAGGCCCAUUACCAAAAUCAUAUGCAAUAAUAUGCAAUAAUUUCUGGGAAAGUUGUGACCUUCAAGGUUAUAGCUCUGUGUCUGAAAGAAGAUAUUAUUCCACUAAACAUUUUUUGUCAAAAAGAAAAUAUGACAAGCCAGGAGAGAAAAGAGCUUUGGGAUUUGAAGUGGGUAAAUCAUUAACUCAUGUAUCAAAGCACAAGUCUUUCAAAACAAGUAGAGAGAGAAUCACAGAGUGCGUUUCUAAGAAAAAUGUAGCUAGCAGUGUCUCCAGAAGUCACACCACUAUUCAUGUGAGAGAAUUUUGUGAGAAGGAGUAUCCUGAAUCACAGUUAGCCCUGUGCUCUACACCCCGAAGUACGAGUUAUUCAGCUUAUAACAAGAGCAGUAUGAAAAGUCUGAGAUCAUCAGAACUUCAGCCAUUUUCUGGAGAACCUGGGUUUUUGUUUUCCCCAUCCUGCCCAGAUAAACUAACUAAAAAAAAUAAAAUUGACACAGCAUUUUUAUCUAACAUCAGUAAAUAUGAAAAGCCUGAGUACCAUUCAGCAAAUAAUAAAAUUAAGGAUCUAAUGAAAGAAAGUAAUUCUGAGACUAAUAAAUUAAUAAAUAAGAGUAAUUCAGUAUCUUUAAAUUGCAUAAAAGAAAAUAAUGUAAGUUUUAGCAGAGACAAAAAUUAUGAUGCAACUUGUGUAACGCACACAAAGGUAAAAACUGACAUAGUUAUUUCAGUUUUAGAAUCAAAUGUGAAGCACUUUUUAAAUGUUGAUAUCUAUAAACCAGAUAACCUUAUUUUAUCUGGUUAUAAAAGAAACUUGGAAGUAACCUUUCCUAUUGAAGAAUGGACAGCUCCCACUCAGAGCUCCAAACCAGGCAUUAUUGCAGGAGACAUGCUUAUGGACCCAUUAAAUCCAACUCUGAUAACCCACAAAAAGUAUAACAGUGUUCCUCAAUUGUUAACAACCACUCCAGUGACAGCUAGUGAAGGAGAAUCUUCAGAAUCUUAUUUGGAUAGACAGAGAACUUUUUCUGUAGAUUCUUUUGCAACAUCCACUAAUGUACCACACUGUCAGCCACGAUGUGGUGGAAAGGAGUGUCUAAAAACAGAACAGUGGUCUUCAAGUAAUUGCUUCCAUAUAGAUGAGAAUGACUCAGGUGUUCUUGAGAAUUCUGAGUUGGGUCUCAAAUUAGUAACUGAAGAAAGUAAAAGUUGUAGGAAAAAAACAAUGAAGAAACUAUUUUCCAGUGAUAGUUCUUUGCUCUUAAAAGGUAAUAUGAAGUGUUCCUCUUCAAAAAAAUGUAUGGCAAAGACAAACAUUCAGGACAGAAAAAUGUGGAAAGUUAAACAUGCAGAAAAGGCAAAAGAUUCACUUCACAUAAAAACCAUGACUGAAGGAUUCACUGCUACUAAGUACAAAAACCAAAAGAAUAAGAUCUUAGAAAAUUCCUCCUACUUACGUGAGAAAAGAAUUAAAAAUGUGAUUGAUUCUCAUCAAAUCUUUGAAGAUAUUACUGAGGUAGUCUCUUUGAAUAACACAGUUUCUAAUCAUCUUAGCAAAAGAGAGAAAGAAGGGGAAGUUAAAGUUAGUAAUAACUCUCAGUCUGACUCUGCAUUGCAUUCAGAAAUAGCUUGUAAUUCCAAACCACACAUUACAGGAAUGAAUCAUAGGCCUGUUUUACAUAUGCACUCUCAAACCUCUGAAUCCUCUACUGAGAAGAAGCCUGCAUCAAACGUGAAUGGAUUAAAAGAAAAAUACUGCUCAGCUGAUCAUUCAGCUCUUAUACCUAGGCUAGCUCAAAUUUUGAGAAGGGCAGAUGAAACAUCAUCUUUUCAGAUUCUACAGGAAGAAACUAAGGCUUGUCAAAGUAUUCUCCCAUUAUUUGUUGAAGCUUUUGAAAGAAAACAAGAAUGUUCUCAUGAACAAAUCUUGAUUUCAAGAGAACUGUUGGUAGAACAAAACCUGUGGAGUAAUUGCAAACACAAAUUAAAACCAUGUGCUAUUGACUCCUUGGUGGAACUCCAAAUGAUGCUGGAAACUAUUCAAUUCAUUGAAAACAAAAAAAGGCUCUUAGGAGGUGAGCCAACUUUCCGAAGCUUGCUUUGGUAUGAUGAAACAUUGUAUGGUGAGCUGCUUGGUAGACCACGUGGAUUUCAACAACAAUCCAAUUUCUAUCCUGCUUUUCAAGGAAGGUUAAAAUAUAAUGCAUUCUGUGAGUUGCAAAACUAUCAUGAUCAGCUAAUUGAAUUGUUUGAAGAAACCAAAAGGGAAAACAAUUCAUACUAUGCAUUCUUAAAAUACAAACGGCAGAUUAAUGAAUGUGAAGCAAUAAUGAAGCAUUGUUCUGAUUGCUUUGACUUUUCUCUUUCUGUUCCAUUUACCUGUGGAGUUAACUUUGGAGAUAGUUUAGGAGACCUAGAAACCUUAAGAAAAAGUACUUUAAAGCUGAUCGGUAUGUAUGGGGACUCUCCUAAAGUUGAUUCCUAUCCAGGAAAACAAGAUCAUUUGUGGAUUAUCAUAGAAAUGAUCUCCUCAAAAGUUAAUUUUAUUAAGAACAAUGAGGCAGUAAGUAUUAAGAUAUCUCUUUAUGGUCUGGAACAUAUCUUUUUUGAUGCUGCAAAAAGUCUUGUUUGGAAAGAAAGGAGACAGUCUUUUAGCAAAAAAUACUCAGGAAAGAAGGAUAAAGAAAUGCUACUCAAAAUGAAUCAGUAUGCUUUUUCUAAGUUGAAAAAUAUAUAUGAUACGUUGUCUAAAGAUUUAAGCAGUGAACAAAUUUCCAACAUUGGGCUUGAGAAUACUGAGAUUGCUUCCAGAAAGUCAGAUGACCUAAUAAACAAAGCUACAGUUAACAUGGAAGACUGUAGGUUUAACAGUACUUUGCUUUCACACCCAGAUAUCUGUUGUGUUAGUGAAAUAUUGGAUCAGGCUGGAUUUGCAGACUCUGAGAAAUUGGAGGAACUCACUUUGAGAUGUAUUGGACACCUAGAAAUUUUAAAAAAAUACUUUCAGAUGCUGCAAGAAGAGAACAUAGAUCAUAUUUUUAUCACAGAAGAAAAUGUUUUGGACAUGGUGAAAAACCACAACCAUGGAGCCAUAAUUUUAAAACCUGCAGCCAUUGAAACCUAUAUUGAAAUUGUCAUGCUUUCAGAAACUGUUCACUUUCUUAAAAACACAAUGGCAAAGAAACUAGACAAACAGAGGUUUCGAGGUAUGCUUUGGUUUGAUUUGUCACUUCUUCCUGAGUUGGUUUGCUGCCAAGAAAAAAUGGCUCCUUUUUCAUUUCUUAAAGAUAACUCAACAGAUUGCCUUUGGAAUGUCAUAGAGACUGCUAUUUCUGAACUUAAAAAAGAUCUGGAUAUUAUUUACAAAUAUAGUGAAGGGAUUAAUUGUUCAUACGCUCUUCAUUUGCUCUCAAGAGAACUUGCAGAACUUUCAGAAAUAAAAAAACUUCUAGAGAUGUCUAAGUAUUCCGUUUCUACAUUUAUUGACUUUGUGCCAUAUAUAGCAUCCAUAAAUUACGGAAGCACUAUGACAGAGUUAGAAUACAACUACAAUCAGUUUUCUACACUGCUCAAAAAUAUAAUGGCUGCCCCUCAGAAAGAUUUAGGGAAAAUGGCUCAUAUUAUGAAAGUCAUGAAAACUAUUGAACAUAUGAAGAUAAUAUGUGCUAAAAAUGCUGAAUUAACCAUUUCCUUUAUUCUGUGCCAAAUGCUACAUAACAGAAAGAAGACUUUACAACUGAAGAGAAAAGAAAAAAUGAAUAUGCAUGUAAAACCUAGGAAGAGUAUCAGUAAAUCUAGUACUUUUAUGAAAGUGCCCUCAAUUUCAGAGUGCAUAAUGAAAAAUGUUUCAAAUUCCUCUAAAAAACGAUCUAUCACUGUAGACAAAUGUGAAGACUCUCAGGAACAAGAGAAAAACAGUACUGUUUCCAGCUGUAAAAAACAAAAGGUUGACAUGAAAGAUGUAACAGAAAUCAACAGAGAAGAGGCAACAUUCAAGCACCCAAGGACCACGAGAUCUCAUCCUGAAAGUCCAAGCGAAAUAGGAGCAACUUCAUCUGACAAUCUGAAAAGAAACCAUGUAUCUCCAAAAAAGAUUGAGGUGGAAAGAUCACUACCUGACUCACUCUUACCUUCAAAGAACUUAAAAGACACUUGUACAUCAAAGCCAGAGGACAGAAUAGAUUUAACUAAUAUUUCAUCUAAUACUUCGAAAGAUCUCACUGGACAACAGGGAAACUUAAGUAGCAUGAAGAAAAGCAAUGCGAAUUUUAGUGCUCCUGAAACAAAAACUGAUAAGAAAGCUUGUUCUUCUUUCACAAUUUGUGAACAAAGAAGUGUAGAUGGCGUAUUUCCAAAAGACCGCAAGAUGCCUUCACAGAGAUUUCUUAAUCCUGCAGAGAAAUUUUGUCCCUCAGACAUAAAACCAGGAACUGAGCCUGAUGGAUCAGUGCUCUCAAAGCCUGUUUUCCGUUUUGUUAGGGACAUCCCUGCCAAUAUAGAAACAAAUGACACUGUCUUUGAACUUCAAGAUUAUGAAAUAUUAAAUUCUUCUAUUAAAAAUUCUGCAUGCACCAAUUCUUCAGAAUCCAGAUUUAAUCAGGACAAAUCUCCUAUUCUGCAAGUAAAUAAAACACAGCCUGAAAAAACUGAGUUAAAAGAAAAAUACAUGGAUACCUUGAGUCCCAGUUCUAUACCUCUAGGAGCAUCUGAGGACAUAACCCUUAAUGUAAAUCAAACAGCAGAAUACUCUUUUUCUGAACAACAAAAUAAUGAAAAUCCGAAAGUCCUAACUCAAAAUGCUGCAGCAUAUUGGAAUGAACUUCCACAGUCUGCAUGUGCUCCAGUAUGUAGUUCUUCGGCGUAUGCAUUUGGAACUUCAUAUCCUUACUACGCUUGGUGUGUUUACCAUUACAGCAGCAGUGGUGGCAGUUCCCUUACCCAGACAUAUCGUGGGAUAACAUAUGAAGUACAGCCAUCUCCUCCUGGGAUGUUGACUGCAAUUGCAAGUACAGUUCAAAGUUCACAUUCUAAUCUUUUAUACUCUCAAUAUUUUGGUUACUUCGCUGGGGAGCGACAAGCAAGUGACUUUCUGCCAGUGAAUGGGUAUUUUCAAUCUCAAAUGCCUGUUCCUUAUAAUUUUCAGCAGCCAGUUUUUUCACAGUAUGCUCCCCAUCAGUCAUUCCCACAACCUGUAUACCCUUACCCUCCUGAUUCAGGUGUGCUUCCAGAAGUUCCAUGGACUUAUGUUCCAUGGCAACAAGAACCUUUUCAGCCAGGACAUUGAAAAAAGUCUUCUGUCUACUGAAAUAAAGGGAAUUUAACAAGGUUUUCCAAGUAUUUUUUUAGUUACUUUUUAUUUUUACAUUUUUUAAAUAUAUGUAAAUGUGGUAGGAAAUAUAAACCAUAUAGCUCUUUAUAAAAUGUUUAAAUGCAACAGUGUAUCAUAUAAUGCAACUGGAAAUCAAUUUCUGACAUCUGAAAUACCAAAAUUAUUUCCAUGCAAUAUUUUAGUGAAUGAUAGUAGGCUAUUUUCAAUAUCCAUCAGAAAUAUUAACAAUAUUUUGAAAUUAUAUUUUGAAAUGUUUCCAUCACAAAUGUUACAGUUAUAUAAAAAUUCUUUUCAGAUUAUCCUAAUGGAAUAAGGAGAGUAAAUGUACCAUUUAAUAUGAGUAAACUUAAGCAAUAAUAGUAAAAUCUUUAAGAUUUUUCUCUCUGAUAUUUUUUGAUAUAUUGUUUAUAAUAGCAUU